GAAACGGAAGUAAGAUCAAUAUCAACAACCUGAGUUUACAACUCAAGUCGAACUUCGCUGGAGUAGCGGAUAACAUUUCUGAAGUUAUUGUUAUAACUUCGUACGCUUUAAUAUUGUCCGGUGCAUUAUGGGGGAAGCUCCAGCCCGUUCGCUGUGGCGGCGGUUUAUCUCUGUGCUCAAACUCAAUGGCUAGUUUGGCGAUAAGUUAGCUCACUUUCUGUCAGCUGACUGGCUUGAACUCACUUUGGCCGUCUCGGGUAGAAAACUGUCGUCUGAUAUGCUCGGAUAUUGCUUUCGGGUUAGUUUGAACACUGACAUAGGCUUAGUCAGAGAGUGUGCUCGCUGCUGUUGACGCGUCCCGGUACAGUCGUCUUUGCAAUGAUCCUGCAGCUGCUGCCACCAGUCAUCUAGCUGGCUCCUCUCCUCCUGUCCCCCCUCCCUUAAUGGCUCACUGCGGCUCCUCCGAGCCCAGCGCAAAGGUACAGGCCCCGCACCCGGACAGCAUCCUGCCCCCACAGGGCGGCGUAGACCAGAGCAUGAAGCCGGUGCUGUUUGAGAUCUUCGGCGAGCUUUGGACCGUCCAGUCGCGUCUCGGCCAGGGAGUCUCGGCCUCGGUGUACCGGGUCAGUUCGGGCAGAGCCACUGCAGCUGUGAAGGAGUUUCAAGCCGACACUCAGGGAGGAGAUUACGGGUAUCACAAGGAGAGGUCCGUGCUGGAAGACAUCCAGGGACAUAAAAACAUCGUCACACUGUAUGGAGUGUUUACCAACCACAGCUCUAUGGGUGUGACCACACGCUGUCUUUUGCUGGAGCUCCUGGAUGUCAGCGUGUCUGAGCUGCUGGUGAGGCGCAACAGUAGUACCCAAGGUGUAAGAGCCCAGCAGGGCCACUCCAUGUGGCUUGUCCAGCACUGUGCCAGAGACAUCCUCGAGGCACUCGCCUUCCUUCACAAAGAAGGCUACGUCCACGCAGACCUCAAACCACGCAACAUCCUCUGGAGCGCUGAUGACGAGUCCUUCAAGCUCAUUGACUUUGGCCUCAGCUUCAAACAGGGAAACCAGGAUGUCAAGUACAUCCAGACAGACGGGUACCGCGCACCGGAGGCUGAGCUUCAGAACAGCCUGGCUCAGGCGGGGGUGGAAAUGGAGGGAGACUCGGGCUGCACGGCCGCCGUCGACCUGUGGAGCCUGGGCAUCAUCCUGCUGGAGAUGUUCUCAGGAAUCAAACUCAAAGACACCGUCCGCUCGCAAGAGUGGAAGGAUAACAGCGCUGCCAUUGUAGAUCAUGUCUUCGCCAACAACAGCCUGGCAUGCCCUGCCAUCCCCGUCUAUCACCUCAGAGACCUUAUUAAAAGCAUGCUUGUCACUGAUCCAAAACAAAGAUGUUCAGCUGAAACUGCCCUGCUGAGCCCAUUCUUCAGUAUUCCCUUUGCACCUCACAUUGACGACCUGGUUCUGCUGCCUUCUCCUGUUCUGCGUCUGCUCAACCUAAUCGAUGACAGCCACCUGCACAAUGAGGAUGAAUAUGAAGAUAUCCUGGAGGACAUGAAAGAGGAGUGCCAGAAGUACGGAUCCGUGGUUUCUCUGCUCAUCCCCAAGGAAAAUCCAGGGAAAGGACAGGUGUUUGUGGAGUAUGCCAACUCCAGCGACUGCAAAGAGGCUCAGAGGCUGCUGACAGGCCGCACCUUCGAUGGAAAGUUUGUCGUGGCUACCUUCUACCCUCUGAGCGCCUAUAAAAGAGGUUACCUCUAUCAGACUGUCCAGUGAACUUUUAAAUCCUCAAUUUACACCUCAGCAUAGUUUGCAUGUUAAAAACACAACUGCAAAGGUCACCAAUGAGUAGCUGCCCUGCAGUUUAAGCUCUCAUGAGUGAGUGUAGUUCUCCAUGCAGUUUUCUACAGCAAAUCUGUGUUUCAUGCAGAGUGCAAACUGAGCUGUGGUGAGCCUCCGCCUUCAGUCUGUGUGCUCUUUUUAUCCAUCCAGUGCUUUAAUAUAUACUAGAUCUGUCUCAUUUAAUAUCUGUUAGCCAGAGGCCUGCGUUCCGGGGACUGCAGUGCCUGUUCGAGCUUCCGUAUCACUUUCAUUCACUCAUAAAACCUCCCAUCAGAGUUGCAAGAUGGAAAAUUACAGCUGCAUUUAAAAACUUCUAAAGGACAUCUCACUUGAUAAAUACAUAGAUAGAGACUUUAUUUCAUCAGCUUUAUACAGAAUGCUGCUAAAAACAUGUAGCAGAUGUUAAGUAGUAAUUUAAAGGGAGUUUUAUGCAUCAAACUCAAAACUAAUGACAAAAACACCCUGAAAAUCACACCCCUUCAAAGUGAAAAUUUACUGUGGUGAAAGCAAUCUGUUAAUAUUGCCUAUUUAUAUAUCUUUUUAGGUUAAACAUUUUAGACGAAAUGACAUGGUACCAGGGGAAUAUCCAGGUGUCUUAUGCCUGUUUUCAGGGAGAUAUUGUUUGACUAAUGCUUCCACUAGCUGAUAGUUUUCACUCACUAACUCACUGCCAUUAUCUGAGCAAGCCGAGGGGUCUCUGCACCCUAUCCUGUAGCCUUAUGCGUCGUAGCCUUUCAUUUAAAGCCAAUGUGCUCUAUUAUCUAUUUUGAUUAUUUUCAUUGUGUGUGAAACCCUUCAGAAAAACAUGCGGUAAGCAUAGUUGUUGUUGUUUUUUUUCACUGCAGCACACAAGCAAGAAAAUUAAGAGAUAAAACUGAAGAACUAGUAGGUAAAUAAGCCUGUGAACAAAAAUGGUUCCAGCAGAGGCGAAAAUGUUUUCUAACUUCCUCUAACUUGAGCCAGUGAUGUGUUCUGUUUACCUCGUAAUUUUGUAGUCCGGAGCCAAAGCAUUAACCAGAUAUUGGCUGCAGAUGUGUGCAGUGGGACAUUGGAGAUUACCCCGAACAAGUGGUGUAAAGCCACUACCUGGACGAUAAUUGUAGCCUCUUUCAUUAGGACUUUUUUUUAAGACAAUCUUGAGUUGGUACAGUCCGUGUUGCUGUCAUCACUGUUUAUAAAUCUUGCACAUUGUGGCUUUAAAGGCUGUGCAGUACUGUUGCAAGGUGAAGGCUAAUGUACUAACUAGAUAAGGUUUAAUAUAUGACAAGCUUCCAGUGUGUUGGUGCAUGAUCCAGGUGAUUGAUUGUACACUGCCAGCCCAGUGUUGUAGCAUCAUCGUCCUGUGGUAGUACUUUUCAUACUAAAGCCAGUUUCUUGAAAUGCUGCUUUUUGCAUGAUGAGGGAAAAAAAAGAAAUCAAAACAAAACAUGUAGCCUUGAGAUAAAGAUUUCCUGGAGCCAACAAAGUUAAUAUUUUGCAUCUUUUAGCAGCAGGUUUUGGUGUUUUUGCAGUGGAAUGUGUUUUUUGUUUUCUUGGUUUUAUUCUUUUCCAUUACUGGGUUUAUAGUAAACACCAAGACCGCUCUGAAAGUAUUUUGGAACAUCAGACAAUUUCUACACAAGUGCCCUAUGACAUUCACAGGCUAGCUAACUAACCAAAAUGCUGCUAUGACAGCUGAUUGUGCUACAGCUGCAUGUGCUUAUAGCUAAAGCCUUUGCUGAUGCCUUAUGAAAUAACCUACUUCCAGCAGUUUUAGUGUCCACACAAAUUAAAGUGGACUGUUACCAACAAUAACCUGGAACAAAUCAUUUUUCUCUAUUCCUUCAUUAGUUGCUCACUGCUAAUUUUUCUUCUUAUAGCCUAAGUAGCUAUUAAUCAAAAGCUCGAAGCUACAUUUGACAGUGCAGGUGUUAGCUGCGAUAAACACUAAUGCUAAUACUGCAAGAUUCUAGAAGUGAAAUUCCCGUUAUAUUCUUCAUGUUGAUUUUGAUCGUGAGCUGUAAUUUUGUAACCUUCUAAAGCAGACUGGCUACAGGCGACAACAUUAUGAAGCAGUGCUGUGUGCUCUUGUAGAAAGCAGAUAGCAACCUUGUUUUAACAAAAAAAGCAUUUUAUUCAUAGUAGAGUAAAAUGGAAAAGAACUACUUCACCCACAAUCAUGACCCAAAUCCUCAAAUUCUGACUUGAAUCCUUCUUGAAACGGAAAAGCCGCAAACAGUGAUUCCAGGCAGGAACAAAGCCCUUUACUCUUUAGAACUUCUACUUUACUACAUACGCAAACAUCAACUACAAAAUAUAUUGACAGCUAUUAUUUUACAACACUAUGAUGGUAAACACAAUUAAAUUCAAGAAGACUGAAAGUUGUUUCCUCUGGAAUCUGGGGUGUGCAGUGCAUUGUGGGAUGUCUAGUUCCUUCUCCGUUAAAAGUAACUUAUGCGCAUAUUAUUGUACCUUUUGAUUUUUUUCCCUUUAUUGUUUUUAACCAAAGUAAAUCUUUUUGUGUUUUUUUUUUGUUUGUUUGGUUUGUUUUUUAUGAUUCCCCUCGUAGCUGGUUGACUUGGUUUGAGGCUUAAAACUCUUUAACUUUCUGAACAACAACAUGUAAAGUGCUUUGAGUGCUUAGAGUAGAAAAGCGCUAUAUGCGAACCACAUCAUCAGAGAAAAUGAAUGGGAUAUUCACUUCUAGAACCGGAGCUCUUAGAAACAUGGGUGGUUACUGUUGAACUAGCAACAGCUAGCAACAAAACACCUUUGAUUAUAUUAAACUGAACAAAGGUUUUUUGUUUUGUUUUUUUGCUCAAAGUUACCCUUACAGUUGACCCAUUAUGCUUUUCCUUGUUUUCUGCUGCUGAGGGCAGAUUUCCAUAAUACAUCUUGUGUUUUGUAAGGAUUAGCUAGUCAGAAGAAAUUUGGCUACAAGGGAGAGAAAACGAUUUGUUUCAGACAGGGUGGACUGAAGAGUAAGGCUCAGUAUGUGGUAAAAGGAGUUAUUCUGAAGAGUGAAACAUGCAAAGUCACUGUAUUGGAGUCCAGUCAUAAUGAUAUUGAGCUGGCGUAAUAAGUUUUCUUUAAAGUCUGGUGUGUGAAAAGCAGCAGCUGGGUAUGCUGCUGAAACAUAAAAAUGUGAUAGAAACCAGAUGGUGACGUCGAUGAGGAGAAUACAUUUAUGCAUUAAUACUCUUUUUUUAAAAAAAAAAUAUAAUCCGAUUUCAUUUGGAUUAUACUUAAAAUAUAAACUGAAAGAGAAACAGCAGCGUUAUCCUUGAAAAGGUCUAAAGAUGUAUUUUUCUACAAACUUUAUGUUUUUGCCUGAAAUGUGAAUUCCAAAGUUGAGAGCAUCUCUGUUGAGUUGAGAGCUGAGAGCAUCGCUGCCCUGAAAUCUUGAUUUUUAAAACUUGAUUCCUUCCAACCACUUUAUGGUAAAGCCAGUUGUAGAUCUGUGUCAUGUAAGCACAUUAUGUAACAGUAAAACAGGGCUAAAUAAAAAAACACCCCACAUCUACUCACCCAGUCAGAUUAAUUAAUUGGCUUACAACGUGUUACAAGGAGAGAUUGAAUAUUGUGAAUGAAUUCCUUGUUUAUGUGGAAUAUAGUAAGCUAUUCUCCACCUAAAAUGGGCUGUAAGGGUGGUUUCACUACUCAUGAAUACCGACUGGGGCCAUCCACAGUUUCUUUUGGACUGCCAGCCACAACACACAAUAAACCAGAGAAGCACAGAGACGAAGUUCAAGAUGUUCGACUGAAAAAGAACAGAAUAAAACCAGCUUUUAUAUCGAGCGACUGCUUAACAUGAAUCCACACUGUUGUCGUUAAAGCGCUGCAUCGUGGUUCGUUUCAUAUGUUUUUGUCGUAUAUAAUCAGUUGAGUUGAGUUGUGGUUUUUACUGUUAGUAGUUUAUAGUGAAAAGGGCAAAGCAGGUCUGUCUGUGGCUGCACCUUCAAAAUGAUAAUGUGACCAGCUGGCUUUUAUAAACGAAUAGAAAUACUCGUUGAUUUUAUGAAGCAUUUGUUACCUGAAUGUCUGAGUCCAGUGCUGCUCUUUAUUUCACUGGAAGCAUGAAUAUAAAAAGAAAAUGCUUCCACAGAGCCAUGAGAGAGAGACGUGGGGGGAAUCCUUUGGCAGUUUUAAAUGUUUGAGUGGAAUAUUUAUUCAGGUUGCAGUUUUUUUAAGGUGUUUGCUGAUGGUGGUUUGAGAUGGCUGAUGGUUUUAAUGUGUUUGCUAUGAUGCAGAAACAAUGUUUUUUUUUUUUUUAGUUUGUUUGUGAUUUUCUUUAUUCAUUUAGGUAAACUUGCAGUGUGGAGCUUUGUCUCCCGUGUCUGGCAGUGGAAGUCAUUUCAACACUGUUAACGCAUGCUGACCAUGAUUGUUUUUACACACAUCAUCAGAAACUCUUCUUGGAAGUUUCCUAGUUUUUUUCCACUUUCCUCUACUCUCUCUGCAUUACUCUGGUCGCUUAACUCUUCAGUUGUGGCAACCCAGUUAUUGCUGGGUAGACAUAAAACAUGUUGCUACCAGUGCAUCAAAUUUAAAACUCGGGUACUCUAUGAGCAAUCAUAAGCUUAAUAAGCUUUGUGUUUAGAAAGACCUUGAAUGUGUGCCACAGUCCAGCUUUACAUUUUGAGAUUGGGUAAAGUUUAUUUAGAUUUUUGUUUUUUAAUAUAUUAGUUAAAAAAAAAUUUUCUUUGCUCAAGACAGAAAAGACGCUCAGCGCCGCCUCAUGCUGCUGGCACUCGCAGAAACUCGAGCAACUGAAAACGUACGCUGGCCUGAAAGUAAUCCACAGAUGGUUGUCUGGCUGCAUUUUUGAAACCCUGCAGAUAGGAACUGCAUUUAUGUACUUUUAUCACUCAUAAGAGAGCAAAGUGUGAGCAAAUCAGAAUAUCCAUGGUAGUGUUACGCCUCCUGUUUACGCCCUCUGAGGCUUGUAUCUCUAUCUUGUCUCUGAGGCAGCUUCUCACUUAAGACUUAAAUCUAUUAUUUUGUCUUGAUACACUUCUUAGGCACUCAGUUAAGGUUGUUGAUUAUAAAUUUAUUUUCUUCAUUUACGUGACUGCUUGUUGCAGCACUAAUGCACACUACUUUAUGUGCGAAUGCAUUAGUGUUUGAAGUAUCUGGUUCUCUGUGUGUGUUUGUGGCAUUAGAGCUCCUUCGAGUAUUUUAUGAUGUUGUUCAGCAGAGAAAUUAUUAUUAUUAUAUUAGGGUUCAGAGGUGGGCGAUGAUUUUCUUUGUCUUUCUUCCAGUUAGCUGUCCCACUUUUGACCUGCAUUUGAGUGUGUGUGCAGAGGAUUUUGAUCCUUCUUUUUCCCCCUUUUUUCCAAUUUAAUCCUGCCUGCUCUUGUAGUCUUCCAUCCUUCUUCCCAAAUCCAAUGCUGUGAUUCAAACGUGGCUCAUAAGUGCUUACUUUUCCAACUUUCUUUAAGUUGUAAAAAAUGAGAUUUGUUCUCUGCAUAUUCCAUCUGCUUCACUUAAAUUCUGGGUUUGUUUUCCUUGUAGCUGCUAGUGAAUCAAGGUGCAGCUUUAAGUCAGUCCAUUUUCUAUAUUUCUGCCAUCAAAGAUAUAUUUUUUCAGAGUGUACUUUAUCUUCACUGCACAUUUAUUGUGCAUCUGGAUAGUGUCUUAUAUGUGUGCACACCUGUGUGGAGAAUGAAAUAGCAGUGAAAAAGUUAAAAGGCUUCUAGCUGUGUGCAUGGCGUGAUGUGUAAUAUGUGGUGGGACUAUACUGCUCCAUCAGCAUGUGUGUGGUGAUAUGGCUCUAUAUACCAGUUUGCUUGCAAAGGCAAUCGAAAAAUCCUUUGAAAUGACAAACAGGGAGUCAGUUUAGAGCUGAAGAGUGAGUGAAUAUGAAAAAGUGCCGCCAGCUGUUUAAUCUUUAACACAACUGUUGAAUGAUGUCCUGUUAUUGAAAGCACAUUAUCAAAGGAAUAUCUUGAAAUUCUUUACAGCACAGCAGAUAAAAGCUGAAGAUUAGAUCAAAUAUAAAGAACAUCAGCUGCUUCAUUUACAGAAAACAUCAACUGACAGUGAAAUGAGCGAGCUAAACGUGAGCAAGAACACUACAACAGUAGAAAUGUCCUGUUGGUUCAGGUUUUUUUGCUGAAUUUGAAUUUAACAUGCUGCAUAUUGACAAAGUGUUCAGAAAAGUGUUCUUCGUGUGAAUAAUUGUCAUUUUUCUUUUUAAAUCUUUUAAAGCUGCAGUAAUUGAUCUGAUUUUUCAAGCUAGUAAAUCCAAACAAUAAGUCUACAUGGGUUCAGGGGAAAAAAGCUCUGUGGAGCUGAGAAGACAGUCGCUCCCUAUGACAUCUUUCACGUUACCCUUUGUCAUUUGACAACAAAGAAACUGAUUAGUGCAGCUUUAAAAGUGUGUUUCUGCACAAACAGGUCCCAAAGUACUGACCUGAGUUUUCUUUUCUUUUUCUUUAUAAUAUCUGACCAACUACUGUUGUAAAAUCAGGUUUGGGUAUCAAUGCCGAGCAGGCAGCACAAUCUCUGAGGGCUCAGAAAUACCAAAUCCAGACCGGAGUACAAGCUGAGUGAAACCAAAUGAUGUGAGAAGCGAGAGAACUUGCACAGUAAUUAUUGUCAUUUCGAGUCCGAACAACUUUAAAAAAAAAAAGGUCUUUUAGUGUAAUCAUUUAAAGAGUCGAAAGACAAUCCACAAGACAAAUGUUGCCUUUUGUUUUUGGUUGAGGCCUUCCUGUUGAUUUUAUGUUUGAGAAGCAGUUUACUGAAUGUUAAAGUUAGAUGAUCUUCCAGAGAGCAGUGAGUCCAUUUGAAGCUCAAAACUGACUGAUUGCUCAUAAAUCACAGCGAUGUGAGGAUUUCUGUCCUCAGUGAUGAGUCCUUCUUACUGAAUAUCCCACUCGUCACUGAAAACAGAUGAUUGUUUUUGAUUGUUACAGAUCGUCUGCUUAGAGAAAGCACAAUGUAAGAAGGUCACUGUAUGCAAGAUGCAUGCAACACGUGUGAACCUGUGUGUGUUAAUCCAUUCUAUAGAGCCUUCCAGAUCACAGUAACCCAUGGCACUCACUGUGUUUGAGUGUAUCACAAUAAAAACAAUGCUUGACUUGAAA